GGAUAUAAUUCCUUUCUUGCCGGGCGGCUAUGUCUAUUAACCGCUCAACUAAGCAUGUUUGGAAGCGUAAAGUUAGCGCGGCUCAGGGCAGUACAUUCAUUCAUACUUUUAUAAAUUCAGCUUAAAUAUAAUCCAUGGCAGACAUCUCUUCGAAUAUACACGUUGAUACGAAUGAUGAGGACUCAAGCUUCGGAGAUAGUGAUAUUCUCUCGGAUACUACAUCCUUGAAGUCCUCCAUAUUGAAUUACCACUAUGAAAAUGGAAGACGAUAUCAUGCAUACCGUAAGGGUUCAUACUGGGGUCCAAACGAUGAGCAAGCCGCCGAUAACCUUGACAUCGCCCACCAUAUCUUCAACUUGACUUUAGGCGGAAAGUUAUAUCUGGCCCCUAUAGGCGAGGAUAUCCAUAGAGUCUUGGAUGUCGGGACAGGUACUGGAAUCUGGGCAAUCGAUUUCGCCGACCAGCAUCCUUCUGCCUCGGUGAUCGGGACAGAUCUAUCUCCAAUUCAACCAACAGAUAUACCGCCGAAUCUACAGUUCGAAAUCGACGACUGUACAGAGGAAUGGUUAUACGCAAAAGAUAGUUUUGAUUUCAUUCACGUCCGCUGCUUGUAUGGCUCCAUUGCCGACUGGCCAGCAUUCUACAAGCAGGUGUUUUCACAUCUUAAGCCAGGAGGCUGGAUUGAGCAGGUGGAGGGUAGCGUCGUCCCCAAAUCAGACGAUGGAACAGUGAAACCAGGAUCUCCUCUUCAUAAAUGGGGAGAACUCUCGCUCAAAUGCGGCGAUCUUUUCGGGAAGACUCUGCUUGUGGUAGAUGAGGCAAAGCAGAAUAUAAUUGAUACCGGAUUUAUCGACGUUGUAGAGCACAGGUACAAAUGGCCCAUUGGUGAUUGGCCGCGUGAUCCACACUUGAAAGAAAUUGGCAUGUAUAAUCGGUUAUUCUGGGAAGAUGGCAUCGAAGGCUGGAGCAUGUACUUGUUAACAAACGUAUUGAAGUGGUCUAGGGAAGAAGUCAUGGUGUAUCUGGCACAAGUGAGGUCAGCGCUUCGCGACAGAUCUAUCCAUGCUUAUAUUGAGAUAUCGGUCGUAUAUGGACGAAAACCCCCAAAACGAGAAACAGAUACAGAAGGAUAACGCUUUUUAGCUCAAUUUAUGUUUCAUUUCAAAAAGAUGGUCAGAACUACGAGAGAUGAAGAUUGUUAGAUUUUUUCGUUCUUCAACUUUUCCAUGCCGCUACAUUAUCAAAUUGUUCUCGCGUCUUAAGGAAAAUAUAAGCAAACUUUGUGAGAAAUUGAAGUGGAGUCUCUUUAAUAGCGAUAAAUUCUCGCAACAAUUUGUU